GUUUUAAGGAAGUCAGUGAUCAUUCAAAAGACACAGAGAGCUAUGAGUAUGACUUGAUAGGAGUGACUGUUCACACAGGAACAGCAGAUGGUGGACACUAUUACAGCUUCAUUAGAGAUAUAGUCAAUCCACAUGCUUAUAAAAACAAUAAAUGGUAUCUUUUUAAUGAUGCUGAGGUAAAGCCUUUUGAUUCUGCUCAACUUGCCUCUGAAUGUUUUGGUGGAGAGAUGACGACCAAGACCUAUGAUUCUGUUACAGAUAAAUUUAUGGAUUUCUCCUUUGAAAAGACACACAGUGCUUAUAUGCUGUUUUACAAACGCAUGGAACCAGAGGAAGAAAAUGGCAAAGAAUACAAAUUUGAUGUUUCUUCUGAAUUACUAGAGUGGAUUUGGCAUGAUAACAUGCAGUUUCUUCAAGACAAAAACAUUUUUGAACAUACAUAUUUUGGGUUUAUGUGGCAGUUGUGUAGUUGUAUUCCCAGUACAUUACCGGAUCCUAAAGCUGUGUCCUUAAUGACAGCAAAGUUAAGCACUUCCUUUGUCCUAGAGACAUUUAUUCAUUCAAAAGAAAAGCCCACAAUGCUUCAGUGGAUUGAACUGUUGACCAAACAAUUUAAUAAUAGUCAAGCAGCUUGUGAGUGGUUUUUGGACCGCAUGGCUGAUGAUGAUUGGUGGCCAAUGCAGAUACUAAUUAAGUGCCCUAAUCAAAUUGUGAGACAGAUGUUUCAGCGUUUGUGUAUCCAUGUGAUUCAGAGACUUAGACCUGUGCAUGCUCAUCUCUAUCUACAGCCAGGAAUGGAAGAUGGGUCUGAUGACAUGGAUGCUUCAGUAGAAGAUAUAGGUGGUCGUUCAUGUGUCACUCGAUUUGUGAGAACUCUGUUAUUAAUCAUGGAACAUGGUGUAAAGCCUCACAGUAAACAUCUUACAGAAUAUUUUGCCUUCCUUUACGAGUUUGCCAAAAUGGGUGAAGAAGAGAGCCAGUUUUUGCUUUCACUGCAAGCCAUAUCUACAAUGGUACAUUUUUACAUGGGAACCAAAGGGCCUGAAAAUCCUCAAGUUGAAGUGUUGUCAGAGGAAGAAGGGGAAGAAGAGGAGGAGGAAGAAGAUAUACUCUCUCUGGCAGAAGAAAAAUACAGGCCAGCUGCUCUUGAAAAAAUGAUAGCUUUAGUUGCUCUUUUGGUUGAACAGUCUCGCUCAGAAAGGCCUAGAAAUCCUGUCCAACCCAAAAAUCAGUGAGUGACCCUGGCAUCUCGAUAACAUUUCCCACUGAAAAAAAUCAAGGUUCCUUGAGAAGAUGGCUAAUUCCAGGUCUUGGGCAAGAAAUGAAUGGGAAGCCUCGAACAUCUUGUCAUUUUGGAAAGCAAGGAGGCUAUCAAAGACUACUGAGGUCAUGUUAAAAGGUCUCAAGAGUCAAGGAGGUUUCUACUGGUCACAGAUUGGACAACUUGAGCAUCAAUAAUAGUAAUAACAACUGCAAGUGGACUAAAACACAUCAUGGAUGUUUAUAUCCAUGAGUUCAUAAUGAUACCUAAAAAAAAUUUUUUUUAAAUUAUUGACAACCUUUGGAGUAUAUUAAGAAACCAAGUAACAAUUUUGGAAACUUAUUAAUAAAGGAACAGUAUCAAGUAUUUAUCUUACCUGCAAGAAUUAUACUUCAUGGCAACCAAAUGGUAAAUGAGAGGGAUGUUCAUCAUAGAGGUAUUUGAGCUAACAAAUGAGCAAGUAAUGCUGGAAUUAGAAUAUCAGUAUUUUGCAUCCCAAAUGCAAUAAUGGAUCUAGGAAAAUGAUCAUCAUGGGCUGAAAACAUUACAAAAAGAGGGACAGCUUUUCAUUGUGUGCCUCCUGAUGAAAGUUCACACUACCAUUUAUAAGGUAUUCUUGAUUAAAAAGUCAAACCUAGAUCUGAUCAAGUCUCUAGAUCUAAUACCUACCAGUUUACAGGAAA